AUUCUAUAUUAUUAUGUGUUUCAACUUUCAAGUGUCUGAUUGUAAUUCGUACUCACUGAUAAUAUUCAUCAAAAAUCAUACAAGUUUUAUAUAACGAGAAAGUGUUAUUUUACAAGGCUACAUUUACAUAGGAUUAAAGAUUUUUUUAAUUAUUUGAAUAUGGCUACAAAUAAUUAUCCUCCGAAUACCUCAAACAUCCCACCUUGUAAUACGAAUGAUCUUCCACCACCAUACUCUGCUGUUGUAGGUAAUCCCCAGUAUGGUUUUGUUGCACCUCCAGGUGAACAAUUUCCUGCCGCGGGUGGUGUCUUUCCGCAACCAAAACAAUUCACUCCAGUAGGAGUCUAUCCUCAUCCAACAGUCUUACCUACCUCUGCUCAACCUCAAACUGAUGUUCCGCCUCCGCCUCCUGGUAUGUCUGUGCCUGUUGGUGUCGUGAUGCCUCCUGCGGUUGGUAGUGAACCCACCACAGUGACUUGCUACAACUGUGGCAAAGUUGUUACAACAAGGGUUACAUAUACAACAGCUUGGCAUACUCAUCUCGUAGCUGGUUCAAUUUGUGUAAUCACUAUGGUUUGUUCAUUAUGUUGUCUUGGACUCAUACCUUAUUGCUUCGACACCUUCAAGGAUGCUGAACACUACUGCCCCAACUGCAGUACCUUUAUUGGUAAAAGCAACAAAUGCUAAUGAAAUAUAAUUCAUUUAUAUUCUUCCUUAUAGAAUAUUCUAACAAUAUAUUGUACAUUUAUUUGCA